ACCUCACUUGAAAGUCUAUAUUGAUCCGCCACAAAUGAUAUAUAGGCGCCCAAUCAUCGAAAUAGCUCGGCCGCGCGAAGUUAUCAUGUGAGUUGGCAUUUGACGCAUGGGGACUCCAUAAAGACAAGCAUGGGAGUCCACGUUACAGAGCGCACGUCGUCUUUCCUUGUUUUCGCUUAUCGUUCUUGGCUUUCGGAUUGGUCGAUAGAGAAUGGCUGAAGUCGUGUCGCCCGCAGGAACCCUCCCUCACAUCCCUGACGACCUCACGCUCGCGCAGUUCGUGUUGGAUGCGGAGCAUGUCAGAAAGCCUGUCCGCAAGAGUGGUGCCUGGAUUGUUGACGACCAGAGUGGGAGAAAUAUUGAACUUGAGGAGCUCCGAGUUCGGACGUAUGGCCUGGCUAAUGCGUUGAGUAUCCGCUACAACAUCCAGGAGAACGACGUUGUGUUGAUCUACAGCCCAAAUCAUGUGGAUUACCUUGUGGCUAUUUGGGCAGCUCAUAGACUGGGUGCUGCCAUGUCGGGUGCUAACCCGUUAUUCACCGUGGACGAACUCGUGUAUCAAAUCAAUACAGUAAAAGCAGCCGUCAUCAUCACGCAUCCGGACUCGCUUAAAGUGGCCUUGUUGUCUGCGCAUGCAGCGGGUGUAUCCGCAGAUCGCGUCAUUCUUUUUGAUGUUGAGGGUGCUGAUGCCGCGCAGAGAGUGACUGUGCAAGGUAUGGUUUCGCAGGGUCUUGCGAGUGCUCCACACUUCACGGAACGGAGACUUGCUCCUGGGGAAGGGAGGACUAAGGUAGCCUUUCUGAAUUUUUCCAGCGGGACAACUGGUCAUCCCAAGGCCGUCGCAAUACCCCAUUUUGCGCCAAUUGCAAAUAUCAUUCAGGUUGCUACGCAUCACAAAGUCGGUGAGGACUACGCUGCACAGAGAUUUAAACCUGGUGAUGUGUGCUGUGCUGUGCUUCCUCUAUAUCAUAUCUAUGGACUGGUGUUCAAUACCCAUUAUGCAUUUUUCUGCGGAAUGACGGUUGUCUUGACAGCGAAAUUCAACUUUCUAGAGUUCUUGAAGAGUAUAAUCAGGCACCGUAUUACCCAUCUUAUGCUGGUCCCCCCACAAAUCGUGUUGUUGUGCAAGCAUCCAGCCGUCAAGGAUUACAAUUUUAGCCAUGUUCGAUACGUUACCUCAGGUGCAGCGCCCCUGUCUCGUGAAGUAAUGGAGCAGCUCGUUCAGAUAUUCCCAAACGCCGACAUUGGGCAGAGCUACGGCACUACCGAAUCAUCCACUGUCAUAACCACUUGUGCACUCGAUAAGAAAUGUGACUUAAGUGGUGGUGCUGGUCAACUCCUUCCCGGUAUCAUCGGCCGUGUGGAGAAACCAGAUGGCACUCUUGCGGACUUCGACGAACCUGGCGAGCUCGUUGUGAAGACACAGUCGCUGGCGCUUGGUUAUGCAAACAACCCUGAAGCAACGAAGGAAACUUUUGUAAAUGGGUGGCUUCGUACGGGCGAUGAGGUGAAGAUGAACCGCAAGGGUGAAAUCGUAGUCCUUGACCGUCUAAAGGAAAUGUUGAAGGUCCGCGGAUUCCAGGUCGCACCUGCCGAACUCGAAGGGUGCAUUCUGAACCACCCCGAUGUAACUGAUACGUGCGUGGUUGGAAUACCAGAUGAUUAUAGCGGCGAAUUGCCAUUGGCAUUCGUCGUUCUCCGCCCUCAGGCCGCAAAACGUAUCGGAGAAGACCCGAGCGCCUCGGACGAGAUCAAGGCGUCCAUUAUAAAGCACGUUGCGGACAAUAAAGUUGCCUACAAGAAACUUGCCGGCGGUGUUGAGUUUAUUGAUGUUAUUCCGAAGAACCCAAGCGGUAAACUAUUGAGGAGGGUGCUAAGAGCCGAAGCCCGGGAGAUGCGGACGAAGCCCAAAGCGAAGCUAUGACACGAUAUUUGCGAGUGCCUUGUACAUCACAUGUACACCUAUGUACCAAUAUCGACCAUCUUGUGUUAAUCGGCCGGGUCAGGAGCUCUAAUACUCUGUAGAUGAAUUGUUCC